AUGGGUCGCUUCAAGCCUGAGGGCGCUGCUGCUCAGCGCGCCGUUACCGCUGACACGCUCAGCAAGAGCCAGGUCUACUUCAGCUUCGCUCUCGUUUCGUCGCUCUUCUUCGUCUGGGGUCUCUCGUACGGUCUCCUCGACUCGCUCAACAAGACCUUCCAGGACUCGCUCCACCUCACCAAGGCUCAAUCCACGGGUCUCCAGGCCUGCUACUUCGGCGCUUACCUCAUCAACGGUCCCAUCAGCGGUCCUCUCGCUGCUCGCUAUGGUUACCGCUUCUCCAUCCACGGUGGUCUCGGUCUCUUCUCUCUCGGCGCUAUCAUGUUCUGGCCGUGUGCGAAGACCUACUCGUACCCUGGUUUCCUUGCUUGCACCUUCGUCACCGCUUCUGGUCUCGCUUGGCUCGAGAUGGCUGCCAACUCGUACAUCACCGUCCUUGGUCCUCCUGAGAACGCCGCUUUCCGUCUCGUCUUCGCCCAGUGCUGGAACGGUGUCGCCAGUGUCCUCGGUCCCAUCAUCGCUGGUCGUACUUUCCUCAAGACUGGCUACUCUCACACCCUCAACCACCUUCAAUGGGUUUACCUCGGAAUUAGUGCCUUCGGAUGCAUCAUCAACCUCCUCUUUUUCAUCGCCAAGCUUCCUGAGGUCAAGCAAGAGGUUGCCUCCGCCAUCGAGCACAAGCCCGUUUCCAUCUGGACUCAGCCACACCUGAUCUUUGGUGCCAUCGCCGAGUUCUUCUACGUCGGUUCGCAGGUCGCCGUUGCCUCGCUUACCAUCAACUACUACGUCGAGCAGCCGGGUCUCAACAUCACCGUUACUCGUGCGGCUGAUCUGUUCUCGGUAACGCUUGCCGUGUUCACGAUUGCCCGAUUCAUGGGUGUGCCGGUUCUCGCCAAGGUGGAUGCUGCUCUGGUGCUGGGUAUCUGCGGUAUCGGAUGCAUCGUCACGUCGAUUCUGACUGCCGUUGUUCCUGGUGCUGGUGGUAUCGCCUGCCUGAUGCUCAUCUUCUUCUUCGAGUCGGUGUGCUACCCGAUCAUCUUUACACUGGCCACGUCGAACUUGGGUGCCAACCAGAAGCUCGGUUCGGCCCUCGUCGCCGCUGGUGUUUCGGGUGGUGCUUGGAUGCCCAGUGUCCAGGCCGUCGUCGCCGAUGCCAAGAGCACCCAGACCUCGUUCUUCGUCCCCAUCUCGGGCUUCGCCGUCGUCGCCGCCUACGGCUUCUACAUGCACAUGCGCGGCUGCAAGCAGCAGGGCUACUGGAGCUGGAGGAAGCUCGACAAGGAGACCACCAUGAACCUCACCGCCGCUGCCCACCACGACGUCGAACACAGCACCGACGACGUCGCCGGCUCCGACAAGGACAUCAAGGUCGGCCAGUCCAGCCCCACUUACCCCGUCGUCUCGUACCAGCACUAG